AUGCGUUGGUUCUCCGCACUAGAGCGGCGCCUAGAUGGCAACCCUGAACAAAAGAGCGCUUAUUCGGAGUUUAUCAAUGAGUAUUAUCGAUUAAAUCAUAUGCGGGAAAUUGACGAUGAUGAACCAUCCCCCAAUUUCAAGACAUACUAUCUCCCGCAUCAUGGUGUAGAAAAGGUGGAUAGUACAACUACGAAAUUGAGAGUAGUAUUCGACGCAUCGUGUGAAACGGAUAGCGGUAUCUCACUGAACCAGGCGCUCAUGGUAGGCCCAGUCGUCCAAGACGAUUUGCUGGCUAUCAUUCUACGAUUUCGAAUGCAUCGAUUUGUCUUAGUAGCAGAUAUCGAAAAAAUGUAUCGCCAAAUUCGCAUUCAUUAUUCAGACUAUCCACUGCAGCGAAUUAUCUGGCGCAAUUCAUCGUCCCAACCGCUCAAAACCUUUGAGCUUACGACGGUCACGUACGGUACCGCAUCUGCUCCAUACUUGGCCACCAAAUGCCUUCAGCAGUUGUCAAAGGAUGGAUCAAAGGACUUUCCCCUCGCAGCAACUGUCCUAGCUAAGGACUUUUAUGUUGACGAUAUGUUAACUGGUAUCGAUGAUGAGCAAACGGGGGAACUGCUUUGUGUGCAACUUCUAGAGUUGUUACAGUCUGCCGGUUUUAGCCUUCGUAAAUGGUCAUCAAAUUCUUCUGUACUGUUGGGAAAAAUACCUACGGAACUGCGCGAUGAGCGUACGACGCUUGCACUAGACUCAAAUUCAACACCAAUAAAGACACUGGGUUUGCAGUGGCAUCCAAUAAACGACCAGUUUAGCUAUUUCGUUCCUGAAUGGUCAAAGGAAUUAACCAUUACUCGACGCAUCGUACUCUCGGAUACUGCUCGUCUCUAUGAUCCUCUUGGGCUAAUUGGGCCAAUUGUAGUGAUAGCAAAUAUAUUUAUACAAUCUCUUUGGAGAAAAUCAAAGAAUUGGGACGACCAAUUGGAUGUGACUCAGCAACAAUAUUGGAAAGAUUUUCGUCACAGUUUGAAUGACCUCGCAUUAAUUGAUAUUCCUCGAUGGGUUUCCAGCAGUUCCCCGACAGUUACCGAAAUACAUGGCUUCUGUGAAGCGUCAGAAAAAGCCUACGGAGCCUGUAUAUUUUUGCGAACCGUAUCCAGUGAUGGAAACAUUUUUGUAAGUCUCAUAGCAGCCAAAUCCAAGGUAGCUCCUCUUGGCGAUUCUAAGAAGCAAAGGCGUCUCUCCUUACCGCGACUAGAGCUGUCAUCGGCAAUGCUACUAAGUCAUCUGUACCACAAGGUCAACAUCAGCACAUCGUUGAAUGUGAAGGCUCUAUUUUGGACAGAUUCAAUGAUAACUCUUCACUAG